AUUAAAUAAAUGUACUUGACAUGUGGCAACGUGAUCUGUAGGAGCAUAUGGCGACUAUGAAUCGUUGGGAAAGCAAACCGUGUUUUAUAGAUCAACAACAUGUGAUCUGUAAUAAAGGGAAAACAAGUAUAAUAUGAUCGUCGUGGGUGGAUAAACAGAAGUGAAAGUCUGGAACACGAGAUAAAUAGGAAACUGAAAAGAUUGCGAAGAACAUGGACUGAUAUAUUUGUUUACAUUUGUGAGUUGGUGAUUGUUGAAUUUGAAUGAAGUGAUGAAAUCGAGCGAUAUAUUCGAAUUGGUUCGUCCACAAUGUGUUUAUCUGACGAAGAGCGUGGAAACGGUGAAGGCAAGUGACAUUACAGCAUUAAGAAAAAUUCUAGGAUCCAUAAAUAUUGAAAAGACGACAUUUCAAGAGCUUCAGGAAUAUUUAUUAUUUCCUUUAAGAUUAAUUUUGAGAACAAAUAAAAGAUCAGAUGUAAUCAUUCAAGCAUUAGAUUUGAUGAAAUAUGUAUUUGAUAAUACAAUUAUUACCACAAGGAGUAUGUUUGAUGAUGUUUUCAUGCAACUUCUUAUUUUAAUAAGUUCUCCAAAGGAAAAUAUAGUAGUUCUUGAUGUUUGUGAGGAGAUGAAAGUAUCAACAUUAACAUGUCUUCAGUCUUUAAUUUCUCAUAUUUCUUUGCAGAUUAUGGAACACAUAUAUAAAUAUGAGUUUUAUCUUCCCUUGAGUCAUGCUAUCUAUAUAUCAUUACAAAUGAUUGAAAAUGAUUCUUCACGUGAUAUUAAAGUGAAUGCUUUGGAAAUAAUUUUGAAGCUGUCAGAACCAAAAGACAUAGGUCAGUUGCAGUCCUUAGCAGGCAAUAAACUUGCUUCAUUUCUGCCAGGAAUUACUUCUUGUUUGACUAGAGUGGUUACAAGUGAUUUCCAUCAGGGCCAUGUUGUUAUUGUGAAUAUAAUUAAAGUGUUACAAAAGAUAAUAACACUUACUUUGAGUGAUAGAAAUUUACAAAAUUCUUCUGAAGUUAAAGAGAAAUUAGUGAAAAAUCAAAAUAUCCCAAAUAUUAAAAGAAAUGAAGACUGGAUAAAGACAACAGCUGAGAAUUUAAGUGUAUUAAUUAAGCAGAUAGUGAGUUUAGUUUGUCAUUCUCAUUGGAAAGUUCGGUUAGCAUUGGCUGAAUUUUCAGAAAGUCUUCUAUUACAAUGCACAAGCUCUCUACAUAAUUGUAUUUCUUCACUCCUUGAAAUUUUGCUGAUAUUAUCAGUUGAUGACUAUUCAAAUGUAUCUGAUAAAAGUAAUGCUAUUUUGAAGGAGUUUGCUAAAUAUAAUGUUAAUAAUAAUCGUAAUAUACUUGAUAUAUUAGAAGAUGAUUUACACAGUUUGGUAAUAAAGUUACCAAGGAUUGUAAAAACUCAAGAUGAGAAACAAAUAUUGUCAUCUUUAAAUUUGCUUCUUGGUUAUUUAAAUGUAUUUGGUUCUCAAAUUGUCCACUUUCUCCAUUCACUUCCUCACCAGAAACGAAUUAUUUUAGCUUUGUUACAUAUGGCAGAAUUGGAAAAUAGUAGUUUAAUAGAUGAAGUUGCAACUCAAACAUCUAUUUUAGGAAUGGAUCAUCUGCAUUGGCCUAAAAAAAAUUUCAAAUAUUUCAGAAGUGAUCAAAUAAAUGAAAAAUUUUGCUGCAUUUGCCAUAUUAUGGGAACAAAUGGAGAUAUCCCUCUUCUUAUAGAUUGUCUUCUUGAUAAAAUAGAAACACCUGUUUAUUGUAGGCAGUCAGUACUAAUUUUAAAUGAAUUGCUUUUGGGAAUUAAGUAUAAAAAAGAAAAGAUGAAUGAAAUGAAUGAGUCAGCCCAUCUAAUUGAAUAUUUUAAAAUGAUAAUGGAAACAUAUUUAUCAUCUGAUUUAUUUAAUGUAAAAGUUAGCAAUUUUACAAACUCUGGAGAAGAAAAUCUUUCUUUAGAAAAAAUUAAAGCAAAUAUUCAACAGGUUUGCUUAUUAUUAGAAGGAAUUUCCAAUUUAGCAAAAGUAAGUACAUUAUUUUUAAUAUAUACAGACACUGACAACCUAAAACAUUAACCACCCAGCAGUGACUAAUGAUCCAUCAAGGGUGAUCAUGUGGCACUGGUGAACAAUGGCUAUACUCACAAAAGAAUUUUGCUGAUAUCACCAAAAACUACCAUUAAAAAAAAUUUCACAUAAAAAAGGAAUUAUGU